UUUUAGUUUUUUUUUUUGCCGUGAGCCCUGUUUACCCUGGGUGAUGGGCUGGAUAGGAAAGCCUUGAUAAGCGGACGGGUCCUUGGCAGCACUGCUCAGUCGUGUCCGCUCUUCCUCGGGGUCGCUAGCGGUGGAAUCGAGAGGCUCGCUAAAGCACGGGAAGAUGGAAUCCACGGUCUAUACUCUUAAGGCUCAAGUGACCCAUGCUUGCCAGUGCUGCAGACACAUGCAUUUACCACCGAACCGGGGACCAGCAAAAUGCAGUCCUGCCAUGUGGAGACCCUGGAUCCAGACCAACAGAGACAUUCAAAUGAGUCAAAGUCAGACAGACAGUAUGGGCACUCGGAGGACAGGAGGAGCUCUGGGGUUCCAACAUCCAGUCAGACUUUACAUGCCCAAGUCCAAAUCCCACGACUAUCUAAACAGCAUGGGAGAGAAGGUUCUGGCCAGCUUCCCUGUGCAAGCAACAAUCCACUUCUACAACGACGACUCGGAUUCCGAGGAGGACGAGGAGGAAAUCCAAGAGGAGAGGGGCCUCCCUCGAUUAUGAGGACUGGGGGCUGGAUUUUGACAACACCGCAGAUCUAGAAAGGGGAAACUACACGGAAAGACGGUCCCUGUUUUGAAAACAGAGAAAUGAAUACGCAGAGGAGACGGAUCAGUGGCUGUCAGGAAACCCGGCCUCCUCGAGUGAAAGACACAAAGAAACAUGGAUAAUGAGGUCAAACACCAACAGGAAAUACCAUUGAGUAUGAAAGGAGAGGGCAGGGCAGCUACGCUGUCUAAAAGCUCAUGUGCAACAGCUGGCAAUAUUAUACUGGGGUCUUUGUUACUUCAGCUUCCCAAAGGCAGAAUCCCUUACCUUCGUUUAAGGGAUCUGCCAGGACCUGAAGUCUAGCAGUAAUCUAACAGUAACCAUUCUUUACCACAGUCCCAAGUGCUUUACUAUGCUGUGCUACACCAUCACUUUUUACAACUCAUUCGCGUUUUAUUCUAGACCUCAGUAGUUUGUAUAAUAUUAUUUCAUACCCUAACCCACUACGACAGCCUCUUGGGUAACAAUAUGAAACUGCUUUGUGGAAACUUCCAAUGCAGUUGUAAAUCGCCGGCAAUGCUAGAUUGGUGCAAUUGUUUUCUUUUUCUCUAUAUUAAUAUUAGAUGUUGUGGAUGUACAGAUUGUAAAUAUUUUAUAAUAAAGUGUAAAGGUUUUGUAUCAUGUCGGUUUUUCUCAAACAAUAAGUCAAAAGGUUUAUUUUAUGCAGAAACAAACAAUAUAGCAUUAAAAAUGUGUUAGACCACGUCGUUGUUGUGCUGUCAUUUUUGUAGCUAACAGUUUUACCAUUCUUUCUUGUUUCAU